CGGCGGGUGACGGCUGAGCCGGCUGCCGGAGGUGAAAGCCUUCGUCAACCAGGACAUCCCGCUGUACCAUAACCUGGAGAUGAAGCACCUGCCCGGCGCCGACCCUGAGCUCGUGCUGCUUAGCUUCAGAUAUGAGGAGCUGGAGAGAAUCCCCCUGAGCGACAUGACCCGGGAGGAGAUCAACCAGCUGGUGCAAGAGCUGGGCUUCUACCGCAAGGAGACUCCCGAAGCCCCUGUGCCCGAGGAGUUCCAGUUUGCCCCUGCCAAGCCACUGCCCACCCUAAUACCCCGCAGAGCUCCUGCAGCUGACAGCAAGACCCUGUCUGAACAGGACAAGAAGGACCGCCCAGACCUGUAAUGAGCAGUGCCAGGCGGUAGGAGGCCGUGCAGCCAGUCCUUAGAGCGUGGGGUUGAGGGUGUUAGGACAGCUCUUCACACAGGGCUGGGGAGCAUGCCACGGGGUGCUGAGAGCGUGAGCAGGAAGCAGAGAGAUGUUCCCUGCUGCUGCCAUUGUUGCUUGGCGCUCUGUAGCCUCUGUCCCAAGGGUGCCCUGAAUGGUGCCAGCCUUGAGCAGAGGCUCCCGAGCACUGUGGACGUCUGAGUGAGCCUGUGUGCCUGUCCCUGCCUUCCCCCUGAGCCAUGCAGCCCAGACAUUCUGGCAUGAUUAGUAAGGAGAAGCAGAGAUCUUUUUGCUCCUUUCCCAUGCCUCAAGGUUCAGUCAACUCCUGGUGCUGGACAGCAGUAUCCUACCUGCACAGGACAGGAUGAAACUCUCAGCAGAAAGCUCCACAUGCUGAGGGCAGAUGUACUGAGUCCUGGAGGUGGGACAGCUGCCUCCCAGGAGGGUAUGGCUUUACAUCACCAGCAAGGCUGCCUCUGUCAAGCACACAGUAAAGCCCUUGCCUACCAUCA